AUGGAAUCAUUAUUUGUAUUAAUUUAUCAAGUUAUUUUGAUAUAUGAAUGGAAAUCCAUAGGUUUCAUUUCCGAAAACGAAGAGGAAGAAUAUCAAUUCAGCAAACUUUUUUCCGUUUCUAAUAACCAUAUCAACAUUGAAGCGUUAUGCGUCUCUUUGGCUCGUUUACCUUCUUCUACUUCCGAGAAUCAGACAAUCUCAUUACACUCAUAUCACUUUUGCCUUAUUUUUCGCUACACUAACGUGAGUUUAUCUCUCCAUUUGUCUGGUGAAAUUGAAUCAUGGUUACGAAUUUAUCAAUCUUUCAACGGUGAUUAUGGUAAAUGGGCAGAAUUUUGCAAAACACCACAAAUCGUGUGGUGA